AUGAUCAACUAUGAAGGCUUUUAUGCUGUGGUGGUCGUGUGCCUUGUAAUUCUCGCUGCCAUUGUUUGCUGUCUCGGCAUUCGACUCUUCCGACGAUCGGCACGAAAAGACGCUGUUGACAAUGCCAACCUGAUUCGACCCACACGACGAGCCGAUGAAUGGCAACCCCUGGAUGGCAUUACAGUUCCCAUAGAAACACGAGAGGAUUUACAACAAGUUUUAGCCUGGCAGGGCAGGUUCCCACCUAAAUCAAACGAAUGGAUCGACGUACCAGCUGAGCCACUUGUACAAGAACGUGGUGUGGCUGCAUGGACCUUUGUUGAAAACGAGCGUAUGGCCGAUACAGACGAUGAUUCGAAUGCAGCAGUGAUGGAUAGGACCACCGUCGUCUUUUGUCAGGGACAAGGAUGUGUCUUGACCAAUUUACCUCUUCCUCGACAAGAAUUUGUGUAUUGGGAGGUCAAAGUGCUUCAACUCGAUGAUCAAGAUCGUUUGGCGGUUGGCCUGGCAACAAAACCAUAUCCCGGAUGGCGGUUACCAGGGUGGCACCGACAUUCUGUUGCAUAUCAUUCACACACGGGUGCUGUUCAUGCAAGCGAUCCAUUCAUUGGUCGACCUUAUGGCCCACCUUUCAAGGAAGGCGAUGUUGUUGGCGUUGGCUAUUUAUCAAACACAAGCACUGUAUUUUUCACGCGUAAUGGCAAGAAUCUUGGCAAAGCAUCCAUAGGUUUUAAAUUUCCUGUGUAUCCAGCCAUUGGUGCGGCAGGUCCUUGCCAAGUUGCUGUCAAUUUCGGUCAACAAGAAUUCCUAUUUUCUCCUGCCAACUUACGAGAAGCUGCGCUGGCACCUAAACAAGGCACUCUUCCUCCUCCACCAGCUUAUGGUGAUACACGUAAUACCAUUAUGCUCUUUGGUGCAUCCGAAAUAGAUGACGAUUCUCAGCAAAACAACUCCCAUCUCGAUUAUUCACAGCAAUCAGCACUUGCUGAACCCGCAUCAGUCCCUCCACCUCGCUAUACCUAA